CAUCAUCAUCAUCCACACAACAACAACAACAACAACAGCAACAACAAACGCGAUUGCCAAUAAAUCAAAGCAUCAUCAAUCAUCAAGAUGAUGAUGAUGAUGAAACAAAUGAUCCAAAUUCACCAUAUUAUAUAUCAAUGAUUAGUAGUAAUAUUAGUGGUGGUAAUUUUAAUCGCUCAAAUCAUCAAAUUCAACAUCAACAACAACAAAAUUCAUCAUCAUCAUCAUCAUCAUCAUCAAAAUUAUUCAAUUAUGCAUUUUCAACAACGGCGCCACGUGUUAUGCUAACAUCAAAACGGCCAUUAAUAACAUUUAUAAAUAUUUCAAAUUUAGAUGAUAUGGAUGAUAAUAAUAAUAAUUAUUAUGAAUCAGAAUUAUCAUCACCAGAAUCAUCAUCAUCAUCAUCAUCAUCAUAUAUAUCAUCAAAAAUGAAUACAUUUCAAACAUCUGAAUCAUCACAAUAUCAAUUAUCAUCAUUAUUAAAUAGUGCUGAUCCACAUUCAUCAAUGUUACAACAACAACAACAACAACAGCAACAGCAACAAGUGGUGUUGACAAAAAAACGUCUACCAGAAUGUGCAACACAACAGGUGUGUUCAGCACAUUAUGUUAAAUCCAAUCAUACACAACGUCUUUGUGAUUGUCCCACAGAUUCAAAUUUUAAUUGUGAUAAUAAUAAUGAAUCAUCAACAACAUUGAUCGAUACAAAUUUGAAUGAAGAUCAUAUUAUUGAUUUGACUAGAAAACAAGAAUUCAAGACUAAACGUAAUAGUUUAGAAGCAUAUACACAGGUGAAAUUAUGUGAAAAUCUAAGCAAUAUAAAACCAUGUAAAACACCAACCGAUUGGACCAUAAUGGCAUUACAAUCAGAACGUACUGGCAAAGCACAUUUUGUUGUCGUGUGUAAAUGUCCGGAUUCAGCAUCAUUCGAAGGACCAUUUACACAUAAACAUCCACCAUAUGCAAGAUUUCCUGGUAUUCGUGUUUAUGGAAUGCUAUGUAAUCAAGGCAUAAGGAAAUCUAAACAUAACCAUAAAGUUGCAUUAGAAAUUGACCUGGAAAAAGGUGGUAAUGAUUUUCCAGAAUUUCCAUGGGAAUUAGCAUAUGCUGUCAUUAAUUCAACGGCUACACAAGGAUUUUGGUGAUCCAAAAAACAACAAAAUCAUCAUUGAUUAUGAAAGUGUAAAUAACUAUUAUGACUAAUUUAACCAUCACACACACCUACGAACACAUUACAAUCUUAAAAUAAAUUUUUUUUUUUUGAUGCAAACUUA